AGAUGGCCUCGGCUCAGUGUUUCGCCAUGUCACGCAGCCUCGGCGUCGAGCCCGAAAGCAGCUGAUUCUCACAACGACACCAAUGUGCUUCCGACCUUCCCUGGCCAGUCUUCCUGUUACCUCCGACUCCAGGUAGUCACGCUCAAGACAUUGCUCUUUUGCUUUUGCUGUCAUAAGGCUACCGUGUUCUGCUUGCUAUAGCUGUCCUCUCUUCACGACUCUACGACUUUGCUCGGUCGCGCGCUGACACCGAUCCAGACGAGAUGGACUCACGGGAGCUGAUAGAUGCGCAAUUCGACCGCGCAGUGGAGAUUGUCCAGGGCCUACCCAAGAAUGGACCGAUACAGACCGGUUACGAAGAGAAACUGACGAUGUACAGCCUGUACAAACAAGCCACGGUAGGCAAUGUGCAAUCGCCGAGGCCGAGCGUGUGGGAUAUGCUGGGCCGGGCGAAAUGGGAUGCAUGGGCCAAACAUAAGGACUUGGACCCAUAUGAAGCAAAAUGGCUAUACAUCGAGGCCUUGUUGAAGGUAUUGCGGAGGUAUUCCGACAAGACUGUGGCGAUGGACUUAGUGCGGGAGUUGGAGUCGUACACGGGGGACCCUUCAAAUAUUGUCAUGAGUGGCUCGCUGUCUAGGUCCGCUGGAUCUAGCUCUUCCGGAUCGACAAUUUCCGACGAUCAUCCCGCCGCACCUUACCAACCUGGCGCCCUGCCUGCACACCUGCGCAACGCCCAGAGCGCAGGACUUACGGUCCCAGGCCAAAUGCCUGACCCUCGGACAGACGAAAGCAGCUCUGAGGAUGGCGAAGAAGAGAAUGAUGAAGUUCCCCCUGUUCCAUCUGUGUACGCGCAAAGCCAAAUGAAUCGCCCACAAUCCUCCAUGUCUUCGCGCCGCUACCGCACACCUAUGGCAGGAUCUACCAUGAUAUCACCUCCUCCUGUGGGUAUGAAUAUACCCGCUAUCCAGCCUCUUCCCGAGUUCCAGACAGAGUCAGCGUUCGCGGGUCCGUCUGCGUCCUCUGGGUACAACCAGAGUCUCACAUCCUAUCGCGACCGUGCACCAAUGACACCGCCCAGUGACCGCACCUCCGAGUACCACCAUCCGCCGGUCGCGUACAGACCCGCCAGCCAGCAGCAGCAACGCCGGCCAUAUGCCAGUAUACCCAGUGUGCAGCCGAGACCACCUUCGCGACCCUCGUUGGAACGAGCGGUCGAGCACGUACAGGCGACCCUUGUCGCCUUGACGGAGCGGAUAGAGGCGCUGGAGGCCGUCGCUCGACGCUCUACGACCUCUUUCUCCCUACACGGGAGCAGCUCUCCGUGGGCCUCGGGUCAACAAACCGGCGUGGACCUAGAUGACAUGGGCAUGUGGUCGCUGGCCCUUCACCCUCUUGCUCAUGCCACCACCCUCGCAAGACAUCUGGCAGCGUUCCUCGCGACCAGUCGCGGCCGCUCGCCGACGUUCAUCGUAGUCCGUCGGCUCUUUCUUGACAUAUCAUUCCUGCUGUGUCUGUUGGCGCUUAUGAAGGCGGCAUGGAGGCGAAGUGGGAUGCGGCGAAGGGAGGUCCUGGCUGCGUUGGCCGGGCUGUGGCGGGCUAUUGCUGGUCAAUCACCGCCGCGGAGGCUCGUAAAUCGAGGAGUAUGAGGAUCGCUUAUAUGCUCGCUAUGUACAUACUGCGACUCUUACGGAACAGGAACAUACUCUUUGCUAGCUACAUCUCGGAGGAUUCUUCACUAGUCGGACUGUGACUUGUUACGGUGUAGAGGUUCCGUCCGAGUCAUACAAGACUAUGUUUGGGUGGCUCUCGGGAUAUGACCGUGCACAGGGGCGCACAGUUCCGCACAACUAUUUGCACACAGCGGAAACACUGAUACGUAACACGAGUACAAGCCCACCAAGAGCUGCAGUCGGAGGACUCAGCAGGGAGAGGUAGCACUGAGCGCCCAUACAAUAGACGGGGGUCGGCGGCCCGCGAAGCCAGAGGCCCUGUGCCUGCCAGAUCCA